AGAAUGCAGUCUGGACCAUUCAGGUGCUCUCAGUCCUCUGGUGGGAAAGACCUUUAAGAAUCAGGAGUAAGUGCAUUGAAAUUCAUGCCUGUAUCAGCACUAAACCUUCACCCCUGCAAAGGUGAACAUUUUUAAUCUUUUCUUGUGAGAAUCUACAUCAGCUAUGUAAAACCAAUCAGUCAUUACAGUCAGCAUGUAAUGUUCCCUUCAGUCUUUCUUGGCUGAUACUUUAGGGCAAGGCUUCACAGCAAUCUGACGAAACCUAUAAAAGUUUUUCAGAGGCUUCCCAGGUUGUACUUUUCUGGUAUUUUUUUAACGGAUAUGAUAUCACAAUUCAGUAGCAACAAUAAAUGUCCAGGCAAUAAAUAUGCUGGCAACAAUUAUCUUCAGCCAAACUGGGCUCCUGCUAAUAAAAAAUUCAAAUAAGGGUCUGAUCUUGUCAGGUGCUGAGUAUUGACAGCUGCCAUUGCCCUAAGUGGGAUUAUUUAUGUGAGUAACUAAGCAAGACUGGGCUGAGAGCCUGCAUGUUUCUGUGCACAUGCAUGAUGUUCAUUGCACUAAUCAACAUCUUCUCUUCCUGCAUUUAACCCGCUCUUUAAAUAAUCACUCAUUAUCUGUGUCCACAAACCAAAAUAUACUUGUUACCCUCUGCAGUGACGCAGAGUCACUGACUAUAUGGCACUUUUUCUUACCAGGCUUUCACUGAUUAAACUGUUUGUUCCACCCUUUCAGAAGGGCAUGUGCUUCAUUCUGUGAAAAUGUUUUAGUUCCCUUCUCAGAUCUAUAUUAAACACACAUUUCCUUGUCAGAUAUGUCAGUGCAAUGGAGAAAAUCCAAUUUGCUCUUGUGUACAAGUCAGAGGUCAGUGUUACUCUGUUAGGGUAUCUGCAGCAGAGAGAUGGGCAUCCCCACUGCUGAACUUGUUAUUAGGGAGGGUCUAGUUCUUGGGGUGAAUACAAGGGUGCAUGGGGCAAGGAUUAUGGCAGAGAACUGCUCAGUGAACAGUUGUGAUUGUUGUUAUUUUGGGAUGCCUGCAGAGUGAAAUGGCAACUACCCUUUUCCAGCCUUUCUACUGGAUUUCCUCACUACGUGUAUUUUAGGCAUUGAGGUUACCUUGCUGCUCCUUGGUCUUCAGCAGGACACCUGCCUGUCUCUAGGAUUUAUCCUAAUGGAUUGAUGAGCAGAUUGUCUCAUAUUACUCUGGGAAAUAUAUUUUUAAGUUAGACUUGGACAACAUGAUGGAAAAGCAACCAAAGAGCUUGUGAGAUAUGGACUGCAGUUAUGCUGCACUGACACACCUCUAAAUGAGAGAUACUAUGUAUUCUAGCUGUGAAACCAUCGGAAGUGUUUCAUGAUACCAGAUAAGGCAGACCAUAACUUCCUCUUCUUGUGCUUUGUGGGGCUCAGCUGCUGAAGAGCCUUCCUAGUCCAUUUAGACAAGCCUGUUGCCAGAAUGGAUCAUGAAAUAGUGGGAGGCUUUGUCCUGCUGGCCAUAGUCACUCUGCUAAGUGUUAUCCAGAAUGCCUUUUUUGCUAGCAAAGUGGAGCAUGAAAGCAAGAGCUAUAAUGGUAAGACUCUCCAGCGGACAGGAGCCUUUGAACGAGUUUUCACUGCCAACCAAAACUGUGAACAUGCAUAUCCUACAUUUCUUGCUGUGCUGUGGUGCGCUGGGCUGCUUUGUAGCCAAGCUCCUGCUGCCUUUGCUGGAUUGAUGUACUUGUUUGUGAGGCAAAAGUAUUUUGUUGGCUAUCUGGGAGAAAGGACUCAGAGCACUCCUGGUUACUUAUUUGGAAAGCGCAUCAUACUGUUCCUGUUCCUAAUGUCUGUUGCUGGAAUACUCAAUUACUACCUGGUUCUAUUUUUUGGAAGUGACUUUGAAAUGCAUAUAAAAGCUAUAACCAACACCAUCUCUCCACUGCUGCUCAUUCCUUAAUUUCUUUGCAGCAUUAAGAGGUUAGUGUGCUUAAUAUAUCAAUGCCCAGAAGCAGCUAUAAUUCAGCCGUUUAAGAAAGGAACCUAUAACCCUUUUAGAUUGCUGUAAAUCCAAUGCUGUAUGGGGCUUUGCAGCUUGAUUUAAACCUGGUUUUUCCUUCAAAAAAAUGAUUUAUGGUGAACAGCCUGUGUGUGCUAGAAACAGUAAUAACUUCCAGUUAAUUCUUUGGAUUCUUUCUGUAAAUUGUAGCUUGAUAGCUGAUUCCUUGGCUGUAAGGAACAUGUUUUGCUAUUGUCAAAAUUGUACUUUGCUCUCCCACUGUCACAAAAACCAGGAGCCUCACACUUAGAUAAUCCAUCCUCACACAUAUAUAAUUUCAUUACAGCUCCCAUUAGUGCAUGAGAACUGCAGAUUGGGCUCUUUGUGGUUGCCUUUGAUAAAUAUUUAUCCAUUCUUUGGGCCUGACACUUUCCUUUACACUAAAACCUUUUUAAAUUGCCACAGCUGUGCAAAGGGGCCUUAGUAUAAAAAUGAAAGCUCGGUUUUACUUUUCUUUGUAGAUUUAAUAAAGCAGUCUAAAAUGGUAAAA